CAAUGGUUGACAAUCCUUGUCAUGGUUUCUCCCUCUUGCUUCUUCUUCUUCCUCUUCUUCCCUUUUCUACGUCUGCACAAACUAACAGUAAUGUGAGCUUGGGCGAAUCUCUCUCUGCUGGCAGUAGCACCUCUUCAUGGCUUUCUCCUUCAGGUGAAUUUGCGUUUGGAUUCCAAGCUAUCAAAAAUACGGAUGAUGCCUUCUUGCUUGCCAUCUGGUAUGAGAAAAUACCUGAGAAGACUAUAGUUUGGUAUGCAAAUGGAGAUAAACCAGUACCUAGAGGAUCAAAAGUUCAGCUUACCAUUAAUGGUGACCUCAAGCUCAACAACCCUCAAGGAGAAGAGAUAUGGAGGGCUCAAUCCAUUCUUGGUGUCGUCACCUAUGCUGCAAUGCUUGACACUGGCAACUUUGUGCUUGUGGAUAGAAGCUCUGAUCAUAUAUGGGAGAGCUUUAAAAACCCAAGUGACACCAUCCUCCCUUCCCAGAUAUUAGAACUGGGCAGCACGCUUUCUUCUCGACAACCAACCAACUACUCCAGAGGAAGGUUCCAGCUCCGCCCGCUUGCUGAUGGUAAUCUUGUUCUGAAUACUGUAUUUUUACCAACAAACAGCUCCUUUGAUCCUUAUUAUGUAAGCAACACUGGUAGUUCUGGUUAUCAAGUUGUCUUCAAUGGGAGUACAGCUAUCAUUUAUAUUCAAAGCCUAUAUGGAAGCAUAGUAUCGAACCUUACAGUUAGGAGCAUACCAUCGACCAAAACUCAUUACCAUAGAGCAACCAUUGAUUUUAAUGGUGUUUUCACGCAAUAUGCUCGACCAAAGUCCUCUUCAAGCAGCAAUGACUAUGAAAGUUGGUCCAUCGUCUGGUGUAUUCCUGAUGACAUUUGCUCUCAUCAGGAAAUAGGCGAAGGGAUUUGCGGCUUUAACAGCAUUUGCAGGAUUGUGCAAAAUCGACCUGUUUGUAAAUGCCCAGAUCAAUAUACGUUGGAUGAUCCAAACAAUACAUUGAGUGGCUGCAAACCUGACUUCAUACUACAAGGAUGCCAUGAAAAUCAAUCAGGAUCUCCUGACAUUUUGUAUAGAAUGAACGAGUUGCUUGACACAGAUUGGCCUGGUUCAGCUGACUAUCAAAGGCUGACACCUUAUUCUGAAGCAGAAUGCCAAGAUGCUUGCUUGUAUGAUUGUCAAUGUGCAAUGUCAACUUUAUUAGACUCGAAAUGUUGGAAGAAGAGCCUACCCUUUAGAAAUGGGAGACAGAAGAGUGAUCUCAUUGUGAAGGCCUAUCUUAAAGUCUCAUCAGGUAAUCCUCCUCCAGUUCCAGUAGAUGAUAAUCCUCGGUCAAACUCAAAUCAUGAUGUAAAGGAGAAAGAUCAAGGUUUGUUCAGUGUUGCUGCAGCUGUGCUAUUAGGUAGCUCAAUAUUUGUCAAUUUUCUUUUUCUAUCUGCAAUUUUUAUGGUGGUCUUGAUGUAUCACAAGAAACUAAAAGAGAAGGUACAAAAACCAAGUUCUUUUGAGACAAAUCUACAUUCUUUUUCUUACAAAGACCUGACGGAAGCAACAGAUGGAUUCAAGGAAGAGCUGGGCAGGGGAGCUUUUGGUGUUGUCUAUAAAGGGGUCUUGGAUUCUAAACUUGUAGCUGUAAAAAAGCUAGGCAGAGUGGUACAAGAGGGAGAUAAGGAGUUUAAGACUGAAUUGAGAGCGAUUGGCCAGACCCAUCAUAAGAAUCUGGUCAAAUUGGUUGGAUUCUGUGAGGAAGGACAGCACAGGCUCCUGGUCUAUGAGUUCAUGAGUAAUGGCAGUUUAGCCAGCUUCCUUUUUGGAUCGUCAAGCCCAGAUUGGUACCAACGAACCCAGAUUGCAUACGGUAUUGCAAGAGGGCUUAUGUACUUGCAUGAAGAGUGCAGCAUCCCGGUCAUCCACUGUGAUAUAAAGCCUCAAAACACACUUCUCGAUGACUCCUAUACUGCAAGGAUUUCUGACUUUGGAUUGGCCAAGCUUUUGAUGACUGAUCAGAGUCGAACUCGCACAGCCAUUAGAGGGACCAAAGGCUAUGUUGCACCUGAGUGGUUCAGGCACAUGCCUAUCACAGUUAAGGUAGAUGUGUAUAGCUUUGGUGUCAUGUUAAUGGAGAUCAUCUGUUGUCGGAAAAAUGUUGAACUGGAAAUGGGUGGUGAUGAGAGAGCAAUUCUGACUGAUUGGGCCGAUGAUUGCUAUCAAGAAGGAAGGCUAGAUGCUCUGGUGGAGAAUGAUAUGGAAGCAAUGAAUGAUAUGGGAAGGCUAGAGAAGCUAUUGAAGGUAGCAAUUUGGUGUAUUCAAGAAGAGCCAUCACUAAGACCCACUAUGAGGAAGGUUGUACAGAUGCUAGAAGGAAUUGUUGAAGUUUCUGUGCCCCCACACCCUUAUCUUUUCAUCUCAGUUGUUGAAACUUAAAACAAUUCUCUU